CCACGCCUUUACCUCUCGCUGUUAGAGAGAUUCCUAUUAAGAGUUGCACCUGUCAUUAUGAUGAAUACAGCUCAAAAUCCGAUGAAGCUGAUUAUGAAGAUGGUUGUGAUGAAUACUGCCAAGCAUCUGAUGAUGUUUAUAAUGAUGGUAAAGAAGACUGUGAAGAAGAAGACGGCAAAGACGAAGGUGAGGAAGAAACGGAAACAUACCUAGACUACGAAAAUUACGAAGGCGAGGGAGGUGACAAAGAAGAAUCCUAUGACUACGAAAACUACGAAGGCGAGGGAGGUGAAAAAGAAGAAUCCUAUGACUACGAAAACUACGAAGGCGAGGGAGGUGAAAAAGAAGAAGAAUUCUAUGACUACGAAAACUACGAAGGCAAGGGAGGUGAAAAAGAAGAAGACUACGAAGGCAUAGGAUAUGAAAACUACGAAAACGAAGGCGAGGGAGGUGAAAAAGAAGAAGAAUUCUAUGACUACGAAAACUACGAAGGCAAGGGAG